AGUUUGUACUGACACGUCACCCUGGCGUGUUCGAAAAUUACGCUAUCGUGAUUUAUGGAUAACUUUUCUUCGAAGCUCGAAGCGGUGGAAUCUACCGUUGGAAUCGUAUUGGAUAACUAAUUUACCAUGGCUUUGACACUGAUUCUGAGGAGAACGUUCAGAUGUCGAUCAUUCAAAAGAACAGUGAUAUUUGCGGUUGUCAUCUUGGUUCAAGUGUGGUUGGCAAUUCCGGUUCUUUUCGGACAGCGCGGGGACAUUUGGCCGCAAAAAUUCGAUAUUGUUUUUCCUCAGAAUUUCCAAGCCCCUUUUGUCCCUCUGGUUAUUUUUAGCUCCUACAGACCAAAGUAUUUGGAAAGGACAUUGGAGUCAAUAUCCUCGUCUGGGAGUAUCGUUCCAUCUACUCCUUGUUUGUUCAUUCUCCACCACACUAAGGCCUCAUCAAUGGAGGACAUAAAUGAGACGUACAAGGUCCUUGGUAAAAUCACAUUUUGUAGAAAACUUGUGUGGACGUUUGGAAAUGAGGAAGAAGAACGUAGCCCAGAAGUCUUAAAGACUCAUUGGUGGAAUACUAUGAUAAAAGUAUUUGAUGAACAUGGUAAGGUGAUAACUCAUCCAUGUUGAUAAUUAAUGCAAGCCUACAGUGUUGUAUUUUCCUAAUUUAAUGCUGGUAGGUGGGUAAGGUGAUGUCUGAAAUCGAGCCAAGUGGCCCAUCCAGCUGGUGCUUAUCCUGUUUUCCCUAACAAAAUGCAACAAGAAGGAUUACUAAUCCCUCCUGAAUGGGAUACCAGUAUAUCACAAGGUUACCCUCAGCUUUUUGUCUGGCUUCUCUGAAAAUUUUCUGCUAUUCAGAAGGAUGUUUGUGUUUGUGUUCUUGGGCAAGACACUUUAUUCUCAUGGUGUGUCUCUCCACCCAAGAGUAAAAAUGGGUACCAGCCAGCUCUCAGAGGAAUCUGAAGAAAUGCUGGGGUUGACUUGUAAUGACCCAGCAGACUGAGCCAACUCUAAAAACCUCAUGUGAUUAACCCUAGUUAGGAAGCAAUAUUAAUGCAAUCUUUCAGGGGGGUCUAAAGAUCAUUUCCAUCACUUGCAACUGAUGUAAAAUUUGCUCUAUUGCUCAAUGUCAGCCCAAAGUAACUUCUUGUUUGGUAAUUUGGAAAAUAUUUCUUCCAUUUUUACCACAUAUUACUUGAUAGUAUGCGAAACCUUGCCCUUCAUCAAUAUAAUAUUCAUGAUUGGUUAGCCCAGGGUUCUAAAGUAGUAGUUUAUACCAUAAUCUAAAAAUUAAAUGACAUGUAUGUCCAAAAUUGUAAUGGUUCUCUUUUUACUUCAGAUGCAUUCCAGUUAAAGCACAAUGAAACUUUCAGUGGAGAUGUACUGUUCGUUGAGGAUGACUUAGUUGUUGCACCAGAUUUUAUGGAAGUGAUGUGGUACUCCCUCCUUGUCAAAAACUCUGUCCCCAACAUCCACUUUAGCACACUGCAAGGUGUAGGAGAAGAGAAUUUAGUAGAUCAUCAACCAGAUGCCUUUGUUGUGAGCGAGGUGCCACUUGUUCAAAGCAUUGGUUAUGCAUUUAACACGUCAAUGUGGGAGUAUAUCAAGACAUUUCAGGAGGAUGCUUUAGGACAUGCCGAAAAAGACUGGCCCCUUUAUCUAGGUUUAAUGCUUCUAUACAAUAGGAAUUCAACAAUUUUCAGGAUUGUUUCACCAACCAUAAGUCGUAUCUGGCAUGUAGGUGAUAAUGAUCUUGGUUCCAGUGCUGAUCCUGGUGCAAGCAGUAAAUAUAAACCUGAUCAACUUCCUCCAUGGAAACGUGCUCGAGAGCGGCGCUAUCUUAACAGAGAUAAGGCAAAUGUUUUACCAGGAGUCAGAGACAUGCAUGGACGACUGUGCCAUCCAUGUGAAAUGGAGUCAAGGACGUACAAAUUUUCUCGGGGAAGCUAUAACUGCCGUUGUCUUUGUCCAACAAGCAAUUUACAGAAAUACGUCAAUUGGCAAAUGGCAGCAUUUGUGCCAGAUGUCAAUCAAGGAAUGCAUUGUACUCUGGUGUCACAUUUGAUGACAAUGGUUGUGUUUGUAUUUGUUGGUAUUUUGUUGUUUGUUUAUUUGAUGUCCUCACGCUGAUCAUUCCUCCAUAUAGCGUUAAAAAAAAAAUCUUGGAAUGAAUAAAGAUCAAUUCAGUACUUAUUUUUAACCCUACCUAAACUUACAGAAGGGCCAAAGUUUGAUGCCCUGGUUAUUUCCUGAAAUGCUUUACUCUUUUGCUCCCAAGAUAUUCUUGGUAAUUCUCCUUACUGUCCUCCAUACCAUUCUUAUAAUGCUAGUUUGGAGAUUUUGGUAUUGGAUCAACUGAUAAUCCCCUAAUUGAUAUUUUUCUUUAUUCUCAUUAUGUGUCUGCCUGAUUUGUAUUGAUAUUGUGAGGAGAAAUUCUUUCUUGGUCACUCAUAGGAGGUAAAGGGUGAAGAAGAAAGAAUUAGGUCACAUUUAAAAGUAGAUAACACCAGAGUUUGUUGUGUAGUUUGUUUACAGUAUACAUUAUUUCAAAACGAAAAUAUUCCUUGUAUACUCUUGAUCGGAGACAAGCUCAGAAAGUUCUGGGAAUGUGGACUCAUCUGUCAUAAAUAAAUGUGAAGUCAAUUUA